AUGGGGAUCGUGGGUCCUGCCUUCAUCCUGUCACCUUCUCGAGAUCCCAGUGGGAACUCCCGGUGUCGUGGAGGGUGGGAGGCUCCAUCCUGUGGAUUUGGGGGCUUGGGAGCGGUCGGGAAGCUCCCGAACCCCGAUCCCUCUUUCCCACAGACCUUCUUCUUCAACGUCUUCGAGUCGCCGUCGGAGCUGUUUGACACCCCCGUCUUCAUCACUGUGGUGGAUUCCCGCUCUUUCCGCCCGGAUUCGGUGAUCGGGGAAUUCCGGAUGGACGUGGAGACCGUUUACUCCGAGCCAAAACACGCUUUCCUCAGGAAGUGGCUCCUGCUCUCCGAUCCCGAGGAUCUUUCCGCAGGGGCCAAGGGCUACCUGAAGGUCAGCGUCCUCGUGCUGGGGCCUGGAGACGAAGCUCCUCUGGAGAAGAAGGAGGUGUCCGAGGACAAGGAGGACAUCGAGGCCAACCUGCUGCGCCCCACCGGGGUGGCCCUGAGGGGGGCCCAGUUCUGCCUCAAGAUCUUCAAAGCCGAGGAUUUGCCCCAGAUGGAUGAUGCUGUCGUGGACAAUGUCCGGCAGAUCUUCGGCUUCGAGAGCAACAAGAAGAACCUGGUGGAUCCCUUCGUGGAGGUCACCUUUGCUGGCAGGACGCUCUACUCCAGGAUCAUGGAGAAAAACGCCAACCCCCAGUGGAACCAGUGCCUGACCCUGCCGGCCAUGUUCCCUUCCAUGUGCGAGCGGAUGCGGAUCCGUGUGACCGACUGGGACCGCCUGACCCACAACGACGUCGUGGGCACCGCCUUCCUGGCCAUGUCCAAGAUCUCGGCCCCCGGCGGGGACCUGGAGGUGGAUGACGGGCUCGGAUUCCUGCCGACCUUCGGCCCCUGCUACAUCAACCUCUACGGGAGCCCCCGGGAAUUCACGGGAUUCCCCGAUCCCUACGAGACCCUCAACCUGGGAAAGGGAGAAGGAGUCGCCUACCGUGGCAGGGUGCUGGUGGAGCUGGAGACCAAACUGGUGGAGCACCUGGAGCAGAAGGUGGAGGAGAUUCCCGCGGAUGACGUCCUGAGGGUGGAGAAAUUCCUGCGCCGCCGGAAAUAUUCCCUGUUUGCCGCCUUUUACUCGGCCACGAUGCUGCCGGGGGUGGACGCGGCCGUGCAGUUCGAGGUCAGCAUCGGCAACUACGGCAACAAGUUCGACACCACGUGCCUGCCCCUGGCCUCCACCACCCAGUACAGCAGGGCCGUGUUUGAUGGCUGUCACUACUAUUACCUGCCCUGGGGGAACGUGAAGCCCGUGGUGGUGCUCUCGUCCUACUGGGAGGACAUCAGCGCCCGCACCGACGCCCAGAACCUGCUGCUCCACACGGCCCACAGGCUGGAAUCCAACCUGGCCAAGGUGCAGCUGGCCCUGCAGUCCAACGUGCCCCCGGGGGAGGUGGAGGCUCUGGGGAACCAACUGCUGGACGAUGUCAUUGCUGACUGCAG